GCUCUGCGGUAAAAUGGGUCAUUAAGGUUCGCCCCAAAAAGAUUUGCCGUUAGCUUAGCUAAAAGUCAAAUUUUUCUAAUGUUCCCCUCAAGUGGCCUUUUUGCACACAUAGAUUGUAGUUUAUUUGAAGGUGCACUUUGUGAACGACCUCAUUGUGUGUUUAAACAUGUUAAUGAAGAUCAGAAAAGACCCAUGUUUGACAAAUCGUACCUGACGGCUAGUGAAGAGGCCGCUGACGAGUGCCUUCAAGAACUUGAGCGGAUAAACCGGGAGAUUGAAAGUGUGAAGCACCAAGUGGAGGAAGAACAGCGGAAACUGUCACACUACCAGAUUAACCAGGCAUCUGAAAGGUCCAACUCCUACAACCCUCAGGUGAUGAGUAAGAAUGUUGCUCAAAGUUGUUAUUCUUCACACACCUCUCCUUCAGCGCCGCACUCUAAACCAAAAAAGUACAUACUUGACAGCUCAAAGCCUAGGACUGAUUUGGAGUACGACCCUCUUUCCAAUUUCUCUUCUGAUCUGCGGUCCUACUGCUCAUCAAACAGGGAGCAGAAAACUAGAAGGGAACAAGUUACACUAAAUCAAAGGAAACGAAAUGUGCUGGUCCCGCCACCCCCAAAACAGUCUCCUGAGCAUUCUGACUCAAACGAAGAGGACAUUCUAAUCAUUGACCUGUCUGCCUCCCCUGACAAAACUAAAGACGAUACAAAAACUGCCUCAGACAUGACCGCUGCAAAUACAAGUGGAAAAAUCAAAACUCUUGAACAAAGUGUAAACCCUUUAAAUUCAGUAUCUUCAAAAAAUGUUACCAGCAAUAAUUCCAUACCCGAUGAGGAAAAUAUUUUCGUUAAAAUGACUCAGCAUUUGUCUAAUUAUAAUAAUCUAACCCCACCGCAGCCCUGUGAACAAAAGAACACAGUACAAGAUAGAAACGCCAAUGCUAAUACAUUCCCAGUUAAUAAGACUCCAACAAGUCAGAUCCAAAAAACUGAAACUCCUGGUAAGAAUGUGGCCACUGCUGAUUCUCCAAACCUGCCAAAUGAAAAAAAAAGAGAAAUUCAAGAGCAGAAGCAACCAACUGCACCGAAGCAACCACAGAUGGUGUUUGUUGGGAGCCUUUGUGAACCUCAGGAUAUAUUAUCAGCUGCAAAGUUGACAAGUAAUAUUGAAAUGCUCUCUGCCGUGAGUGACCAGCCAAUCCCACCCAAAAAGGAAGACGUUAUACUGAUUGAUUCUAGCUCUGAAGAUGAACUAAACUACUCCGACUUGGAUGUAUCUGAGAGUGAUCCAGAUGAGGAAUGCUACAGAAUUUUUAUGGAGGCAAAUGGAGAGAACCCUAACCCUGACCUUAACCCUAAAUCAUCUAAACCCCCACCUGAGUUUGUUUGUAAUGCAGAGGCUGGAAAAAUAGAGGUAAAUUUGCCAUCACCAGCUGUACUGGGAAAGAAGAGGGUCGCUCAUGAGGCCAGAGUCACAGACUAUCCCGUGGCAAAGGUCCGACCACAGCCCCAGGUUCUUGUACCCCUCCGGGCGCCAGUGUCCUCUUCUCCUCCAGUCCCUGCACCACCGGUAAUCUGCAAAGUGGAGCAGAGGCGUUCAGUUUUGACCGCUUCCAUCAAAGCAGGACAGGCCUCGAUGUCCAGAGGGCACCCUGAGGCCCAACGCGCUCAAACCUCUCCAUGUCCUGUCCCACCGAAGCCAGCGUCAUAUGUCAGUUAUAUUCCUUUGGGAGCUACAGUGAUCGAUGUGGGCAACAAUCUGCACUUGGUCCUGCCAGAGGGGACAUUCCCAGUGUCUAACAGCUCUGGACAAGUUGCCUCAGUGCUAACUCCCAUCACAACAGUGAAUACAGACCAGGUUAGCUCAGUGCUAACUCCAAUUACACCAGUGAACACACACUCAGUCACCAUCAGACAGGCUUGUCAUCCAUCUGCACCAACACAACAGAGGCGCACUUCCCAACCUGUGAUCAUCCCUCCUCUGGCUCGCAGGCCUGUCAUGGCCACAACAAGCACAAAUCAAUGUUCCUCAACUCCAGCUUCUGUAGUUAAGCCAGUUGCUACUAAACGUAAAUUGAAGCAGCAAUGUGAGACUGUCAAAGUGCCUCAUGACAUUAGGCAAAGUUAUGUGAACAAGUUUACUGAAGAAUUUUUCAAGACCACAGGUAAUGUGCAUGAAGCGUUUGAAAAGGCACUUGCUGAAGAAAAGGCUGUAUAUAAUCGUAGCAUGAAUAAGUUAAAAUAUUUGAGCAUCGCUGUAAAUGCACUGAAGAAGCUGAGGAACCAAAGUUGUGGAGCAGCUGAAGAGAACAAUCAAACUAAUAAAAAGACAAAGGGCAGCAUCCCACUGAACCCUAGUCUGCUGAAUGGAAAAGGAAUGAUAAUGUUGUAUGAGUGUUUAAAGGACUACGUUUUGACUGAGGAAAUGCUGAUUGAAAAAAACUUUCCGCUCCAGAAUCCAGAAAAAAAUGGAAGUGCCAUUCUUUUUUCAGACAACAAAAAAAGCAUCUUGGACCCACUCCGGAAACUGUGCUGUCGCUGUGGUGCUACAUACUCUGUGAGUCAAACAGGGAAGCACACUCGAAAGGAGGAGUGCACUUACCACUAUGGAAAGGGGGUUGAAAAUAAAGUGCCUGGUGGUGUGGAGACGCGCUACAGUUGCUGUCAGGGAGUCAUGGGGUCACCUGGUUGCCAAGUGUUCAAGCUGCAUGUGUGCAAUUCCUUAAGCAUGGAUGGGUUUGUAUCAACUGCACCAAGAGAUCCUGCAGACAAAAGCUGCCCUGGAGUUUUCUCCUUGAACUGUGAAAUGUGUUAUACCAUUCAUGGGUUGGAGUUGUUAAGAGUGACAGUGGUCAACACUAGUCUUCAGAUUGUUUAUGACACCUUUGUGAGACCUAACAAUGAGGUAAUCGACUAUAACACAAGGUUUUCUGGGAUCAGUCCGGAAGAUGUGGAGGGACACUCCCAGUCCCUCAAAAAAGUCCAAGAUACUCUAUUGAGCUUCAUCAGUGCUGACACAAUUCUAAUUGGUCACAGCCUGGAAACAGACCUGUGUGUUCUCAAGUUGCUACAUGGGACGGUGGUGGACACAUCUGUGGUUUUUCCCCAUCGUCUUGGUCCCCCUCACAAACUCUCACUACACAGCCUCACAGCUGAAUAUCUCAGAAAGAUCAUCCAAGAGACUGUGUGUGGCCAUGACACUGCAGAAGAUGCUGUUGCCUGUAUGGAACUUAUGAUCUGGAAGGCCAAAGAAGAUGGAAAACUGAAAAAAAUACAAUAAAUCCAAUGUUCUAUUUGUUCAUUAGAAUAGAAAUUAGAAAUUCA